UUUGUUGGAAAAUGUAAUUAAGCCUAAUUUACCAUCAUCAGUUGCUAAUUUUCGCAGCAAGUUUUACGCAGAAACAUUUUUACCACUUCUGACCAACAAGUGACGAGUUAACAAUUCACCUGCAGCAUUCAAGAUGGUUAUUUCACUAAAUCGUAAGGUGCACAGCUCGAAUAAUCCGCUUGUGUUUUUAGAUAUACAAAUUGGCAAAGAGCACGUUGGACGGCUACUUAUCGAAUUGCGUGCCGAUGUCGUUCCGCGGACUGCAGAAAACUUUCGUGCACUUUGCACCGGAGAAAAAGGCACUUCCAAAAGCGGAAUCCGUUUGCACUACAAAGGUAGCAAAUUUCAUAAAGUAAAAUCCCUGUUCAUGUCACAAGGCGGGGAUAUUGUCAAUUUCGAUGGUUCCGGCGGUGAAAGUAUUUACGGAAAGACGUUCGAAGAUGAAAAUUUUUCAUUGCUGCACGAAGACGGUGCCGUUAGUAUGGUAAACUUGAGCAAAGCAAACACAAACAACUCACAGUUUUUCAUUACAUCUGGCGAGUGUCCGCAUCUGAAUGGAACUAAUGUAGUUGUCGGCUAUGUUAUCAGAGGAAUAGGUGUUAUCGGUGAAAUGGAGAGAUGUACCACAGACGAAGGUCAGCCAACGGACGACAUUGUAAUUGUGAACUGCGGCCAGAUUGCACCAGGUGCCGAUUGGGGUCUUAAUGACGAAGACGAAACAGAGGAUAAAUUACCACCAUUUCCGAAAGAUUGGAACCAAUUUGAAAAAGAUUUCACGAUUUCAGAAAUGCUAGUCGAAUUGAACUGCAUUAAAAUGGCUGGAAAUUAUUUCUUCAAGCAACAAAGAUGGAUUGAGGCAGCUCGUCGUUAUAAGAAAGCUGGACGAUAUUUCGAUUUCUUUAACAAUAAAAUUCGCUUUAUCGAGGAUCGACCAAAGUUGGAGCAAUUUCAACUGGUAAAUUACCUGAAUCAGGCGGCAGUACAGCUUAAGCUGAACCUCAACGAAGAUGCAGUGCACGCAUGCACUGCGGCAUUGGGUAUCGACCCGGGCAACUCCAAGGCUCUGUUCCGGCGAGGUAUAGCACACAAUAAACUAAAAAAUUACGAAAAGGCAAUUGACGACCUCAGACAGGUGGUGGAACGUAUACCCAACGAUAAGCUGAUUCUUAACGAGUAUACAAGGGCUAAGAGCAAUCUGGGUGAUUACAGAGCGCAGCAGAGGAUUGCGUUGUCGAAUAUGUUUAAGUAGAUUUUCGAACCUACCUCUUAGUUGUAGAAAAUAUUAUUGUUAGUUGACAAAGUAUGGGUGUCUAUGAAUGUGGCAUUAAAUGUUA